GAAGCAGAGUUCUUUGUUCUAGAAGAGUCAGGAUGAGUAGGAAAGGAAAAGAAAAAGCCCCUCUAGUGUUGUUUCCUGCAAAGACUGUUCUUAAGAGCCCAUUGGACAGCGUGGGGGCUCUUGAAGUGAUAGCUAAUUGGCAAAAGAAAGGCCCCGAUUGUCUUCAGGGGGCUGGAAAGUGCCGUGUGUGCUUCUGAAAAGGACUAGGGAGAAGGUGCCCAGUUUCGCUAAGCAGCUGCUGCUGGAGAAUUUUGGAGAUUACAUCAGCACUGGAAAAAAGAAGCUGAAAAAAGUUCAACUUCACAGAGAGAGAGUGAGUGAGAGAGUUUAUGGAGGUCCCCCUUUUCCCUUUCCAAAGAUCUGACAAUACUGUCAUUGUCAAUAUAAGAGUUGUUAAUUCUUUAUGAAUAGCACAUGGGUCUCUUGACUAAAUACUACAUUACAUGAUGUCCUAAAUCUGUCAGCUGGACUCUUCUCUCACAUGCUAGUGAGAUCACUUUGGUUGGAAUGUUACAGGAAUGGCUGCCUUUGCCACAUGGCCUUGAAUACUACAUUAUAUAAUUAGAUCUCAUCGAGUAAUAGUAAUAGUAGUAUCUUUUCCCCUCAUUAUCUCAUUAUUCUAGCCUAAAUAUGGGAUCAAGCCCUUUGAUGAUUUUAGUGGUUGUAAUUAUAUUGAUGCGAUUCAUUCUGUGGUCCUGUUUUAGUGCUUAUUUAGAUUACAAGUUGUCUUGAAGAUUUCCUGAAAAGAGGAAGGUCUCCUGAAAGAGCUCAUAUGCAUUUUCAGUGGACAAAUGUUGUCUUUAUUGGACAGUGACAUAGAACAGGACAAAUUUUACUUUUCAAAAGGGCCAGUUAAUGGCUAUUUUGUUGGU